AUGUCGACAUUCAACGAACUUGCCGACCCAAUCGCUCAGGGCAUUUGGCCAACGGCAAAACAAUCCUGGUCCGACCUUUUCAAAUGGAAGCAAAGAGUGGUUGUCUAUAAUGAAAGCGGCGAAACGACAACUGAGUGGCAGACCCCUCCAAGGCUCAGAAACCCCUUCAGCCUCAUGGCACAACUCACCGCCAUGAACUGGGUCUUCUUCAUCGUCGGUCUUGCCGCCUGGACUGCUGAUGCCUUCGACUUUCAUGCCUUGUCCAUUCAAACUGUCAAGCUGUCAAAGUACUACAAGGUCACCAAAACUGACAUCUCCGAGGCCAUCACUCUCACACUACUGUUGCGAUCUGUUGGAGCUGCCAUGUUUGGUUUCGCCGGUGACAAGUAUGGUCGUAAGUGGCCGAUGGUUGCCAACAUGAUUAUUCUGGGUCUUUUGCAGAUUGCCACCAUCUAUUCUACCACUUUUAAUCAGUUCUUGGCUGUUCGCAGCUUGUUCGGUCUCUUCAUGGGCGGAGUGUACGGAAAUGCAGUAGCCAUGGCCCUCGAAAACUGUCCUACCGACGCACGUGGUCUCAUGUCCGGUAUCCUACAACAAGGCUACUCCAUGGGCUACGUCUUCGCCGCCUGCGCUAACCUCGGCGUAGGCGGCGCCAUCGAGACCUGGAAAACCGUCUUCUGGAUCGCGGCCGGUCUUUCAAUCGGUGUCGGCCUGAUCCGCUGCUGCUUCCCCGAGUCCAAGCAAUUUCUCGAAAACAAGAAGAAUGGGCAUAAGAAAGCUCCUGGGGCCUUUUGGCAGGAGACCAAACUUAUGCUUGCGCGGCAGUGGAAGAUGUGUGUUUAUUGUAUCAUUCUGAUGACGUGGUUUAAUUAUUACAGUCACACUUCGCAAGAUAGCUACACCACUUUUAUGCUUACACAGAAGGGUCUGAACAAUGACGGUGCAUCUCGCGCAUCUAUUCUAAUGAAGACCGGAGCUUGUGUCGGAGGAACAAUCAUCGGCUACCUCUCCCAAUUCGUCGGCCGCCGGCGUGCCAUCAUCGUUGCGGCACUAAUCUCAGCUUGUCUCAUUCCCGCUUGGAUCCUCCCUCAAGGCGAAGGCUCCCUCUCAGCUUCCGGCUUCAUGAUGCAAUUCUUCGUCCAAGGCGCUUGGGGUGUCAUCCCUAUCCAUUUGAACGAACUGGCACCUCCAGCCUUCCGCUCCUCGUUCCCAGGAAUUACCUAUCAACUGGGUAAUAUGAUUUCUUCACCCUCGGCCCAGAUUGUCAAUGCUAUCGCAGAGUCAAACUUUGUCACCGGAGCUACGGGUAAAAGAGUAGAGGCUUAUGGACCUGUGAUGGGUAUUGCGACUGCGAUUAUCGCACUGGGUAUCGCUGUAACUACUGCUUUCGGUCCCGAGAAGAGAGGAAGAAGCUUCGAGAUCCCUGUUGCUGUUGAUAUGAUGCAGACCAAGGAUAUUGAGGAGGGAAGGGAUAGCAUGGAUAAGCAUGAAGUCAAUGAAGAAAGAAUCGAGAAGACGGAGACUAGAUAA